CGGGAAUUAGGUCAUUUCCGCUGUGUUGCUCGUGCCAGUUGUUUAUGAAAGAUUGAACGGCGGCUUCAGUCAAAAGGACUCGUCUAAACACCCGAAAUCAUGAAGCAGCUGCCUCCAGAUACUGUGCGGCUGCUGUCCAGCUCCCAGGUCAUAACCUCUGUGGUGAACGUUGUGAAAGAAUUGAUGGAAAAUUCCCUGGACGCUGGGGCCUCAAGCAUUGACGUUAAAAUGGAGAACUAUGGUUUGAAUCGAAUAGAAGUGCGUGAUAACGGCCAUGGAAUCAAAGCUGAAGAUACUCCUGUGAUGGCCGUGGCACAUUUUACUUCAAAGAUUGGUAGCCACGAAGACUUGGAGCAACUUGAGACGUAUGGCUUCAGAGGGGAGGCACUGGGCUCCAUCUGUGCCGUGGCUGAGGUGGCUGUUAUCACAAAGACAGAGGAGGAUGACAUCAGCACCCACUACACACUUAACUUCACAGGGGAGAUUGUUUCUAAGAAGCCUUCCCACUUAGGUCAAGGUACAACAGUGAGCGUACUGAAGCUUUUCAAGAAUCUUCCAGUGAGACGGCAGUACUAUUCCUCCACCAAGAAGUGCAAGGAGGAAUUGAAGAAGGUGCAGGACCUGCUGAUGGCCUAUGCCAUUAUUAAACCUGACUUGAGGGUCACGCUCGUUCACAAUAAGGUGGUGGUUUGGCAGAAGGCCAAGGUGGCCGAUCACAGAAGUGCCCUCGUCGCUACACUGGGGGCCGGCGCCGUUGCCAACCUGCUCCCUUGCCACCAUCACCAAGAGCAACCAGAGAUUGUUUUAGAUGGCUUUUUUCCAAAGCCUGGAGCAGAUUACUCUUCUACAAGCUCAUCUAACCCUGACAAAACAUUUAUAUUUGUCAACAACCGGCCUGUCCACCAAAAAGAUAUAAUGAAGUUGGUGCGUCAACACUACACCGCUCAGUAUCCAGAUGACCAGGCCAGAAACCGCUACCCCACCCUCAUGCUUAAAAUUAUGGUCCCACCAUCCUCAGUCGACAUCAAUCUGACACCAGACAAGACCCAGGUUCUUCUUCAUAACAAGGAGGCUGUGCUGAUGGCAGUAGAGAUAUUUCUGGUUUCUGUCUAUGGCCAUCGGCCCAGUGGUGACCCACCAGCUGAGAAGCACCUCAGUCAUGAGACGUCCCCGUCACUAUCUAGUCCUUCGCAGACUGAUGCUUCACAAUCAUACAAUGAACAAAGUAAAGACAUGGACGACAGUCUCACCAACCACCAUGGUAACAUGCUUGGAGAUGUACCUGAACACAGUGAAACAGCUCUGUCAACAGCAGUAAGCACAGCUGCUUCACUGGACUGCCAGACCUCAAACGGCAGCUCUUCAUCCUCUGUAACAGAGGACUGGAUCAUCAACCAAAUCCCAGCUGGACUUGAGUCUAAAUUUUCUCUCUGUGACGACGAAAUGGCUCAAAGCUGCACCCCGACAGCAGACAGAGGUUCAGCAAGCAAGUCCCCUGAGAGACUUGAGGACAAUGCUGCAUCAGGUGCAGAUGCGAGCAAAGACCACAUAUCAGCUGAAGACUGGAGCAGGGGGACGGCUUUGACUGACCCUGUAUCACGAGAACCCUUACUGCCCGUCAAAAUCCACCAGCCCUCAAAGAACAAUAAUUCCGACUCAGAUGAGAUCAAGUGUCCAGACAGCUCUAACAAAAAGAUGUUCAAUGCUAUAACAGAGAAGCGGGCUGCUCUAACAGCCUACGACCUGAUCAGCAACCGUGCCAUGAGGGCACCACUGUCUCCUGCCGCCCUGUUCGAGAAGGAGGCCAGAACAGAGAUCCUCAGGGAGAAGCCUACAGCCAGCCUGCAGGAUAUCAGCAUCGCCGUUCAUGAGAGGUGGAAAAAUCUGAGGGAGGAAGACCGUAAGAAGUAUGAGGAGAAGGCAAGAAAACACCUGGAACACCACGACCAAAGGACCAAGUUGGCCUCUGCUGAAGGCCCCAGAGAGACGAGCGUUAGCACCCCAAGGGGACAUGCACAGGGCCAGAAACGCAAGGCCCCACUGUCCAACCAGCAGCUGCUGGACCAGCUCUUCUCUGAACAGCCCCAAAAGAAGACAAGGAGCCCUGCACCUAAGCCCUCGCAGCCCCUCCCCUGCAGUGUAGCUGCCCUUCGGCUGCAGCUUCAGCGCCUUUCAUCCCAGAGCAGCACAGUGCCACAGGGCCUCCGUCUUGUAAACCGGCUGGCCUCUCUGAGCGCCUGGGUCAUUUUAUGUGGUCAGAGGCUCAUGUUGUUAAACCCAUUUCGAGUGGAGGAGGCCUUGCUGUUUAAGAGACUCCUAGAGAAUAAUAUACUUCCAGCAGUGAGUCUGCAGAACCCUAUACAGUUAACAGAUGGAAAUCUAGGGGGAGCUGAAUAUACUGAAGCUUUGUGCAACAUGGAGAAACAAAGCCCUGAGCUAAAUGGAGGGGCCCUCUUCUCUGAUCCCAGGCUUGUGGCUAAUGGGUUUAAAAUCCAACUCACUCCAGGCCUCACGUCAGCCGAGAGACAUCUGGAAGUGACAGCAAUGGCAGACUGCGUGCCUUUCCUCGGUGUGGAGGACCUUAGGGAGAUCCUGACUGCAGUUCUUCACAGAAAGGCCAGGACCGUGCAAGAGUGCCGGCCACUUAAAGUCACAAACUACCUACAAGGUGAAGCAGUACGACUUGCCCGUCAGUUACCUACAAAGUUAUCCAGGGAAGAUGUGGAGGAAACCCUUCUACGGAUGGAUAAGCAGCUCGCUGAGAGCAACCGGACCUGCAUCCAUGGACGACCAUUUCUCCAACACCUAUCUGACAUCCCUACUACAGACCAGGAAGCUAAAGCUCUGCUGAAGCCUUUAGAGCUGUGAGAAGUAGACGCCUCAAUAAAAAUAAUCACAGCAAUAAAUUAUUAAUGGAGCAGCUGUCUCAUUUUAAUGCAGCUGAUUAUUCCCAAAGUAAAUUAACUCAUUUGUUUUCAUUCAGCUCAAAUGAUGUCCAACUUUGUUACAAGCAGAACAUAAAAAUAAAAGUAUUUUUCCACA